GCGAGCGUCGACGUUCAAUUUCUCAGUCGGUUUUAGUUCGUUCUGUUGGAUCACACUCAGCAAUCACACGUUCGCAAGGUGAACGCGAAGACACAGCAAAUUGUAGAAACAGAAUAAAGCAAAAUGUCCAACCUUAAGCGUUUCGAUGAUGAGGAGCGUGAGUCCAAAUAUGGACGUGUCUUCGCUGUCUCUGGUCCUGUCGUCACCGCCGAGGCCAUGUCUGGAUCAGCUAUGUACGAGUUGGUCCGUGUGGGCUAUUACGAGCUGGUGGGUGAGAUCAUUCGUCUGGAGGGUGACAUGGCCACCAUCCAGGUGUACGAGGAAACUUCUGGUGUGACUGUCGGUGAUCCCGUGCUGCGUACCGGCAAGCCCCUCUCCGUCGAGCUGGGACCCGGUAUCAUGGGCAGCAUCUUUGACGGUAUCCAGCGUCCCCUGAAGGACAUUAACGAGCUGACCGAGUCCAUCUACAUCCCCAAGGGUGUGAACGUGCCCAGUUUGUCGCGUGUGGCCAGCUGGGAGUUCAACCCCCUGAACGUCAAGGUCGGUUCCCACAUCACCGGAGGUGACCUUUACGGUCUGGUGCACGAGAACACCCUGGUCAAGCACAAGAUGAUCGUGAACCCCCGCGCCAAGGGAACAGUGCGCUACAUUGCCCCAUCGGGCAACUACAAGGUCGACGAUGUCGUCCUGGAGACAGAGUUCGACGGUGAGAUCACCAAGCACACUAUGUUGCAGGUGUGGCCUGUGCGUCAGCCACGUCCAGUGACUGAGAAGCUGCCCGCCAACCACCCCCUGCUCACCGGACAGCGUGUCCUCGACUCGCUCUUCCCCUGUGUCCAGGGCGGUACCACCGCCAUUCCCGGAGCUUUCGGUUGCGGCAAGACUGUGAUCUCGCAGGCUCUGUCCAAGUACUCCAACUCCGAUGUCAUCAUCUAUGUCGGUUGCGGUGAGCGUGGUAACGAGAUGUCUGAGGUAUUGCGUGAUUUCCCCGAGCUGUCUGUUGAGAUCGACGGUGUAACCGAGUCCAUCAUGAAGCGUACCGCCCUGGUUGCCAACACCUCCAACAUGCCUGUGGCUGCCCGUGAGGCCUCCAUCUACACCGGUAUCACUCUAUCUGAAUACUUCCGUGAUAUGGGUUACAACGUGUCCAUGAUGGCUGAUUCCACCUCCCGUUGGGCUGAAGCUCUUCGUGAAAUUUCGGGUCGUUUGGCUGAGAUGCCUGCCGAUUCCGGUUACCCAGCCUACCUGGGUGCCCGUCUGGCCUCCUUCUACGAGCGUGCCGGUCGCGUUAAGUGUCUGGGUAACCCCGAGCGUGAGGGAUCCGUGUCCAUUGUCGGAGCUGUAUCUCCUCCUGGUGGUGACUUCUCCGAUCCCGUUACCUCCGCCACUCUGGGUAUCGUACAGGUGUUCUGGGGUCUUGACAAGAAGCUGGCCCAACGUAAGCAUUUCCCCUCGAUCAACUGGCUGAUUUCCUACUCCAAGUACAUGCGUGCUCUGGAUGACUUCUAUGACAAGAACUUCCCCGAGUUCGUGCCCCUGCGUACCAAGGUCAAGGAGAUCCUGCAGGAGGAGGAAGAUCUGUCUGAAAUCGUGCAGCUGGUCGGUAAGGCCUCUCUGGCUGAGACCGAUAAGAUCACUCUGGAGGUUGCCAAGCUGUUGAAGGACGAUUUCCUGCAGCAGAACUCCUACUCUUCCUACGAUCGUUUCUGCCCCUUCUACAAGACCGUGGGCAUGUUGAAGAACAUCAUCGACUUCUAUGACUUGGCCCGCCACUCUGUUGAGUCGACGGCCCAGUCGGAGAACAAGAUCACAUGGAACGUGAUCCGUGAGGCUAUGGGCAACAUUAUGUACCAGCUGUCUUCCAUGAAGUUUAAGGACCCUGUUAAGGAUGGUGAGGCCAAGAUCAAGGCUGAUUUCGAGCAGCUGCACGAGGACCUGCAGCAGGCCUUCAGGAAUCUGGAGGACUAGAGACCGCGUUGGGCCUACUCUUACACUCUAAUCUUAUAUUUGUUAUAUAGUUAACUUUUAAAAAUGAAAGCAGUCAAAAACCAUCCGAAAAAACCUAAUCAAACACCAACAAUUCCGUGCUGCAUUCGAAGAGAAACGAAAGUCCAACAAAUUCCACAACUUCUUGGUGCCUUCGAGAGAUGUAAACAUUCCGGCCUGUGGUUAAUACUUCCCCUAACCACGCCUCCAUCCGCCCAAGGCUACAACAACAACAACUACAACGUCCUUCUAUGUACUUCCAUUUACAACAACAGCAACAAAAGACGCACACACAUACACUUGAAUAAAAGUACACGGACACUGGCGCACACACACACAAAACACAUACAUAAAAGACACAAAUACAAAUGCAUGCUUAAAUAGUAUUAUUGUUUAAUGAAUGGAAAUUCUUGUUUAUUUGUGAAAAAAGUCAUGUUUUCUCCCUGUUUGUUUGUUAAAUUUAUGUAAAUAUUUAAAGUAUGAAAUAUUAAAUGUACGAAUAAAGUGCAACAACAAAUACAUUUAAUGUAA